AUGGCUAGAUUUGAGUCUGACAUACAACUAGAUCAAUUUUAAGUGUUAACAACCAAAAUCACGUAUAUUUUGUUCUAAUAGAAUAUAAAAGGCAGUCCCAUGAACAGUGUUUUUGAGAUAGAAGGAAAGAAAUUAUAUUUGGGAAAUAUUAAUGCAGCAAACGAUUCUUAAUAUCUAAAGCAUCAUAAUGUUGGAGCAGUAUUAUCUAUAAUUGACACAAGUGAUAUUAAACUCGACAGAUCAAUCAUUCAUCUAGUACAAAAAUUAAUAUUUCAAUAGUGGAUUGCAGCUGAGNUCGUAAUUGAUGAUCAUCAAUUAAUUCUUGAUUGUAACUUUAGAGAAUUAGAGUUAAUUAUAAAAGUUUGGCAAAAUCUGGAAUUUAAUUGAACCUGAAAUAAUGGGACAGAUGAUGGUAUUUUUAAUUGGAGAUAUUACUCCUUUUCAAAAGAUAUUUGAUAAAUAUUAUAGCAUCAAAUUAUUUUGUGUGGAAAAUAGUAAUUGAAAAUUUAUAAUUUUAGUUCAUAAUAAGCUGAUUGUAGGCACCUGUCAAGGAUCUUUGAUUUUAUACUAAAUAACCGAAAAUUCCAUUUAAGAAUAAGCAAUGAUUUAGGUUCUAACUUCACCAAUAUACAGAAUCCAUCAUUUUAAUUAAGAAAUUUAUCUUGUAACAGAUAGUCAAGUUAAAAUUUUGGAUAAAGAGAAUUUUUAAUUAAUUGGAGGUGGAAGUCUGAAAAAUAGAUUGUAAACAGCGUGGAUUACAUGUUUAAACUUCGAGGAGAAAGACAAGCUAUUAUUUUUAGGUACCAAUAAUGUAAUUGUAGGGACUUCACAGGGUUUCAUACUGGUUUACAAAAGGACCGAAAAGUUAGAGUUUUUAAAUUAAAUAAAUUUUAAUGUGAAUACUUCAAUUAAUUCAAUUCAAUUAAUCGAUAAUUAUCUUUAUCCAUGUACUGAAAAUGGAGUUGCAAUUAUACAAAUGAAAUAUAAAGACAAUAAAUUCUAAUAUCAAGAGAAAACAGCAUUUGUAAGUUAGUUGAAGUUGGUUGGAUUCAAAAAAACAUAGUCAUCAGUUUUUGGAUUCACUUAAUGUGGUUUAAUCGUUUAAUGGAACCCAGAAACCGGCUAAAUGAAUUAAGCUUAUAAAAUAGAUAAAGAGUGUUCAUUUGGAUUGGAGUAAAAUAAUUAAAUAUUUAUUGUGACAAAUGAAUAAAUGAUUCAUAUAGUUAAUUUUUAAUGA